UGUGCGAAGUAUUUUCUGCUCUUCAACAAUGAAAAUCCGAAAAUGAGAAAAGAAAGGGAAAGGAAAAGAAGUAGCUGAAACUGAAAAGUCAGAGUGUGUGAGAAUAAGGAAAACGCUUCCGAAUGCAGAGCUUUGAAUCCUUUCUUUCUUGGCAGAGAAAACAAUGGAAAGCGAAUAUUGAAUAUUCAGAGGAUGAUAAGAAGACAAAGCUUGGCUCUUUAAAGAAGGUAGCAAUCAAUGCAUCUUCAAAGUUCAGGCAUUCCUUGCAAAAGAAGGGGAGGAGGCAUAGCAGGGUUAUGUCUGUUGCUAUUGAGGAUGAACUUGAUGCAGAAGAGUUGCAGGCAGUUGAUGCUUUUCGUCAAGCACUUAUCUUGGAAGAGCUAUUACCUGCAAAACAUGAUGAUCAUCAUAUGAUGCUAAGAUUCUUGAGAGCAAGGAAAUUUGACAUUGAGAAAACAAAGCAAAUGUGGGCUGAUAUGCUUCAGUGGAGGAUGGAGUUUGGUGCUGACACCAUCAUGGAGGAUUUUGACUUCAAGGAGAUAGAUGAAGUUCUAAAAUACUACCCUCAAGGGCAUCAUGGAGUUGAUAAGGAGGGACGACCAGUUUACAUAGAAAGGUUGGGUCAGGUUGACUCUAGCAAGCUGAUGCAAGUAACAACCAUGGAUCGCUAUCUUAAGUACCACGUAAGAGAGUUUGAGAGGACACUCGUUGUUAAGUUCCCUGCUUGUUCGGUUGCAGCAAAGAAGCACAUUGACCAAAGCACAUCUAUCUUGGAUGUGCAGGGAGUGGGUCUCAAAAGUAUGAACAAAAUUGCCAGGGAUCUCAUCCAGCGUCUUCAGAAGAUUGAUGGUGAAAACUAUCCUGAGACCCUGAACCGUAUGUUCAUCAUAAAUGCUGGUUCUGGAUUUAGGCUGUUGUGGAACACUGUUAAGUCAUUCCUAGAUCCCAAGACCACCUCAAAAAUCCAUGUUCUAGGUAACAAAUACCAGAGCAAAUUGCUUGAAAUCAUUGAUGCCAGUGAACUUCCAGAGUUUUUGGGUGGUACUUGUACUUGUGCAGACAAAGGUGGUUGUUUGCAUUCAGACAAGGGGCCAUGGAAUGACUCAGAAAUCUUGAAGAUGGUUCAAAAUGGCCAAGCAAAAUGCAGGAGGAAAACCGUAUCUGGGGUUGAGGAGAAAACCAUCAUUGAAGAUGAAUCAGCAUAUCAAAAGGUGGCAUGCCAUGUGCAAGGUUCACUGCCAAAAGGGGAGCAUCCCGAACCCUGUGUUGCUCCAGAAUCGCGGCUUUGUAGCUUAAUAACAUUUAAUAAUCUGUAUGGUGGGGAAAAAGUCUCCUUUGUCCCAGUGAUUGGCAAGCCAGUCAAUGCAUCUUGGAAAAAAACUGUACAAAAUGAUCCAGAUUGCUUACGAGAUAAUGCCUGCAAGACUUCAAAGGGGUUUACAAAUCGAAUUACUAGUGGAAUCAUGGCCCUUGUUAUGGGAGUUGUAACAAUGAUCCGCAUGACACGGAACAUACCAAGGAAAAUCACUGAAGGUGCCUUGCAUGGUAACUCAGUAUAUGGUGAUGGGAAUGUGAUGAAAGCACCUGUAAUUUCCAUUGAUGAUCACAUAGCCCUGAUGAAGCGGAUGGCUGAACUAGAAGAGAAAGUUAAUAUCCUUGCUAUGAGACCUGCCAUGCCACCUGAAAUGGAGCAAUUGCUGAAUAAUGCUCUAAAUAGAGUCAGUGUACUGGAACAAGAGUUGGCUACUGCCAACAAGGCUCUUGAUCAUGCCCAUACUCGACAAGUGGAGCUCCAAGCCCACAUUGAUAAAAAGAAGAAGAAGAAGUUGUUCCGCUGGUAA